UUGAUAUACAUUUUAGCAAAUCUUUUUAUUAGGCCGGUAUUCAUAGUCGAGUUUUAUAUUUAAGAUUAUCUUAAGUACUAUCUUAAGUAUUAUCUUAAGAUGUCAUUAGCUAAUCACAGAGUCGUAUUAGCAUCUUAAAACAUUGCUUGAGACGAUUUUGAAAUAAGAUUGGACUAUAAAUACCAGCUAUAGUAUGCAAUAAUACAAAUGAGUUGGGUUAAGUUACAUAUAGAACGAAAUAAUUCUGUUAACAUCAAUUUAUUAUAAAUCAAACUAUGUAGUUUAAUUAAUUGUGUAAACUGUAAUGUAUAAGUUCAGUUUAUGAGAAAUAAAAGCGUGCCACAUGAUAUCGCAACUACGCAUAAUGUGAAAUAUCGGGUCACAUUUCUUUGUCAUAUAUAUAACUUAACCUAGUCGCGUCUAAAUAGAUUCUGUAAUACUAUUUCAUUACUGUUCCAACUUCUUGGUAAAUAAAUUUACCCAUCAGGUAAAUAUGUCUGUCUUUAUUUAUUUGGCAAAACAUGAAAAAGAUACAUGCUUACCCGAUAGGCAAGUUUACUCAAGAAGUAAUGGGGAAUGACCAGUCCUUGAUCAACUUAUUAUACAUAUGUAUAUUUUCAUCGGAACUUACCUCUGGAAGAAUCAUUCUUGAGAUAUCGUUGAGACAAAAUAUUCGAUGAAACGUGAUGAGAUACAUGCACACGUGGUGGUUGGGUUAUAUUAUAACAGUCACGCUGCUUGCUCGUGCAACACGGCGCACCUUGUAACGGCGCAAAUGCAGUAAAGUGACUCUUCUAUUACAAGUGAAAGAAUUCACUGUUUAUAGAGUGAGAAGUAACUCCAUUCGAGUGACUCGGUGUGUCACCCCAUAUUCAAGUGAGAUUUUCACUCCAAGAAAUUUAGAGAGUACAUAUCGAUGAAAUCGCACAGUAUCUGGCGGGAAGAUAUAUAAGCAGCAAUGAAGCUGUAUAACGAAUUCUUUCAUUUCCAAUACAUGAACGAAGUCCACCUGUUGUUCAUUUAGCAGUACAUCUUGAAAAUGGACAACGCGUUUAUUUCACAGAUAGGGAAGACGGGGGCUUAAAUUAACAGGAGUAAGUAUUAACGCUCAAUUUUUGAAAAUUCUAUUCGUCUUAGAUGUUCCAUUCUAGACUUUUUUGUUCUACGUAACGCUCUGCACUAGCUGACGACACGCAGUAUCCCGCUGAAUGUCAUGCGAGAAGGUGGCGCAUGUGCGCUGCAUUUUAGGUAAUGGACAAUUUUCAUAUACUUAAAUUUUGAUUUUUGUUUAAAUUUGUCGUCAUUUUUUCCUUUCAUUUGUUUUAUAUGAUUCUUAUAUUAGUUUGUUUUUAGUUCUUUACGUUAUUUUGAAUAUUAUUUUAUUAGUUUUUGAAUGAAUUAAAUUAAAUAAUAAAUUAUUGAGAUGGGGCAUGUAUUAACAAAUUUCUGGGGCAAGUAUUAACACUGUUAAUUUUAAGAAUGUAGUAUGAUGUUUAAAUCAGAGAACAUAUACUGUAGUUUUAUUUUUUUUGUUUUUAGAAUGAGAAAUUAUAAAAAAAAGACGGACAGAGGGACGAAGAGUUUAGAAGUUUACGAACUAGCAGCAAAAGAAGUCGUAGAAAAAAAACAAGUUUACGUAAAACAGCGAAAGAUUUUAAUCUUUGCCACGUUACUUUAUAUAAAUUUAUAAAGGCAAAGAAGGAGAAUGCUGUUGUUCGUGUUGGUUACACGAAACCAAGACUAAUUUUUUCAUCAGAGCAAGAAGCAAAAAUGACUGAUUACUUAUUAAAAUGUUCCAGUAUUUAUUUCGGUUUACUUCCUGCAGAAGUCAAAAAACUAGCUUAUCAAUGUGCUAGUGUUUUAAAAAUGGAUAACUUACCAUCUUCUUGGCAUAUAAACAAAAUAGCUGGACCUGAUUGGUUUACGAAAUUUAUGAAAAGAAAUCCUACAUUGGCUAUUAGGACACCUGAAGCUACAUCGUAAAGCAGAGCUACGUCAUUCAACAGAACAAACGUAUCUGAAUUUUUUGAUAAGUACAAAUUACUUUUAUGUAAACAUAACUUGACUUCAUCUAAAAUAUGGAAUGUAGAUGAAAAUGGCAUAAUAACAGUGCAAAAGCCGAAACAAAUUGUUGCUCAACGUGGACAAAAACAAGUAGGGGCCGUAACAUCAGGAGAAAGAGGAACCCUUGUCACUUUAGCUGUUGCAGUAAACGCGGCUGGAAAUUUCAUACCACCUAUGUUUAUUUUUCCACGGGUUAGAUAUACACAAAUUUUCCUCCGAAAUGGACCACCGGAUUGUAUUGGCGCUGGAAAUCAUUCAGGGUGGAUGCAAAAGAAAGAAUUUUUAAUAUUUCUGGCUCAUUUCAUUCAUCAUGCGAAACCCACCAAAGAAGAACCUGUCCUACUCAUGCUUGACAAUCACAGUUCCCAUAUAAACAUAGAGGUGGUAAAUAAGGCAAAGAAUAAUAAUAUAAUUUUGUUUUCGUUUCCUCCCCACUGCUCCUACCGCUUACAACCAUUGGAUGUAGGAGUAUAUGGGCCAUUUAAAAAUUAUAUGAGUAGAUAUCAGACAGCUUGGAUGCAUAAUAAUCCGGGUAAAACCAUGACAAUAUAUGAUUUACCCGGUAUUGUGAAAGACUCGUUACCCUUAGCCUUGAAUCCAUCGAAUAUUAUGAGCGGCUUCAGAAAAUCCGGCAUUUGGCCUUUAAACAAAGACAUAUUCCAAAAACAUGACUUUGCACCGUCUUUUGUUACCGAUCGCCUAAAUCUAAUCUCAAAUAAUGAUGAACCAACAGCAGGAACAUCAGGUAUGUCUGUGGAAAAUGAAGAAGAUGAUAUAACAAGUGAUGUGUCACUUAAUUUAGAAAAUCCGGAAGUUUUGAAAUCCGCACCUGUAUUGGAUAUUAGUGUUACCGAAAUUAUUAAUGAAAUGACUCAUGACGAUUUAGUUGCGGGACCUUCAGGAAUUCAAAACGUUAAAGAUUUUUCCCCUGAAAAAAUUAGACCUCUGCCAAAAGCUCCACCGCGUAAAUCGUCUAUUCGAAGACGUACAAGAAAGUCGGCCAUACUUACUGACACUCCUGAAAAGAAUGCUCUGGAAGAAGAAUAUCAUGAAAGAGAAAAGAAGAAAACAAUGACGCUCAAACGAAGAGAGAAAGAAAAUAGGAAAGUGCAGUGGAAAGGAAAAGGGCCAGGAAAAAGAAAGAAAAAGGUUGAAGAGAAAGUAGAAAAAGUAAAAAGGAAAGUUUUUAAUAAAAAUGAAUGGUUUUGCAUUAUGUGUGAGAAAGCCUAUGCUCCUAGCGAGGAAUGGGUGCAAUGUAUAUUGUGCAAACAAUAGGCUAAAAUGCGUGAACGGUAACGUUACCUCAUUUAUCUGUAUUAAUUGUGACGAUGAUGAGUAGUAAUGAUAUUUAAUAAUAAUAAUGAAAGUAAUAAUAGUUUCUGAAUAGUAAUAUAAAGUUAGUAUAUAAAGUUAGUACCUAUAGGUAUGUUUAAUGAAUAAUACCGAUGUAUUAUGUUUUUUUUAAUAUUUCAAAGAGGUUUAUGCGAUAUUUUUGUUAUAAGCUGUAAUAAUAUAAAAACACUAUGCUGUGAUUUUUUUGUUCCUAAACAGUAAUAUAAUGUUACU